GCAAAGUACGUGGCAAUAAGCGUUUAACAUGGAGAUAGCUGCUCUGUUCGCGUUGACGUUGUUAUUAGGUGCUCUGGUUGUUUUAGUUGCAUUAGCGGUGGGCAGACGGAAAGAAGAAAUAAGAGAGGAGCUGGAGCAGGCGGCGGAGUUCACCGCUGAAGGCAGCGUUACGAAGGCACCGGCAUCCAAGAAACCGAAGCAGGAGAAGCAGCGCAGUCGUAAGGAUAAAGCUUCACAACACACCUUCAGCCAUCUGCUGUUGGCAUCGUCAUUAAAGAGCCACAGUGGAAAUGUCACGUGCAUUGACUUCAGCAGUAACGGGAAGUACCUGGCCUCGUGUGCUGACGACCGCACCGUUCGGAUCUGGAGCACAAAAGACUUCCUGGAUCGAGAACACAAGUGCCUGAGGGCCAACGUGGAUCUGGAUCAUGCCACUCUAGUUCGUUUCAGCCCGGACUCCAGGGCGUUUAUCACCUGGUUGGCUAAUGGAGACACAAUUCGAAUAUUCAAAAUGAUCAAAAAGGAGGAUGGCACCAUGACUUUCAAAGCUGCACCGGAGGACUUUCCACAGAAACACAAAGCCCCCAUCAUCAACAUCGGCAUAGCAGAGACGGGCAAGUUCAUAAUGAGCGCCUCGACCGACACCACCAUCCACAUCUGGGACCUGAAAGGAGAGAUACUGGCUUCCAUCAACACCAACCAGAUGACCAAUUCUUAUGCGUCAAUCUCCCCGUGUGGCAGGUUCGUCGCGUCGUGUGGCUUCACUCCUGAUGUGAAGGUGUGGGAGGUUUGCUUCGGAAAGGGAGGAGAGUUCAAAGAGGUGGCUCGAGCUUUCGACCUGAAGGGCCACUCGGCAGGAGUCCAUGCAUUCGCCUUCUCCAAUGACUCUCACAGAAUGGUGACUGUCUCCAAAGACGGUACGUGGAAGCUGUGGAAUACAAACGUUGAGUACAAAAAGCAGCAGGACCCCUACCUAUUGAAGACAGUCCCCUGUGCAUCGUCCGACGGUAGCCUGGCGGCUUUGUCUCCGGAUGGCCGAGUGGUGGCCAUCAGCGACGGCUGUAACGUGGCCAUGUACAACGCCACCACUGGGCAGCUGGAGGAGGAGCUGAACGGCAUCCACAGCGAGGAGAUCAACGACCUCAGAUUUGACAUUAACGGGCGCUUCUUGGUGUGCAGCGGCGACAAGGCCAUCAGAGUGUUUCACAACGCCCCAGGCUACAGAGCGGCCAUCAGAGACAUGCAGGAUAUGUUGAAGAAGGCCCAGAACGAAGCCAUGAAGCAGAGACUGCAGCAGCAGAUCGCAGAGGCUCAGAGCGCCCUGGAAACUGUGCUGGCUGGUCCUGUCGACUGAACCGCCCAAAGAAACCAUGCUCUGAAUGUGAGAGUGACUCGGACUGCUAAUCUUUUUUGACACCACAAUUCUCCCUCUGCCACUAAAUGAUCUGGUCUGGGAAUAAUGGGAUUUGCAUGCAGUUUUAAUAAAGAAUAUCUUUUUAUGCAA